AUGAUAAAUACAACAAUAUUUGAUUUAAUAGCAGCGAUUAUAUUUGUCGUUCUUUCUAGUUUUCAAUAUAACUUGGUGCUUGCCAUUCGUGCACCUCCUGGAACUCCAAAACGUACGAAUCUACCAUUGAAUAGAACAGUAACAUUACAAAAAACAACUAUUCAAACAACAAUAAACCGAACAGAUAAUUGUGUAGCUGAAAUAAUUGAUGAAACAUUAUAUUUCUUUUCUGUGGGGUAUCGAGCAAUUUCUGGUGCACUUGUUGUGCCAAUAACAAUUUGCGCUAUAUGCGGAAAUACUCUUGUUAUUUAUGUUAUUAAACAUUAUCGUUCACUACGUAUUACAGGCAAUGUUUUUCUCGCCUCGCUUGCUGUCGCUGAUGUUGGUGUUAGCACAUUGGCAAUGACAUUUUAUGGGUUACAAUUACUUUUUGGAAGAUGGCUUUUUGGCGCGUUCAUGUGUCGUUUAUGGUUUUCAUGUGAUGUUCUAUUUUCAACAGCAUCCAUAAUACAUUUAGCUUGUAUAUCACUUGAUCGUUAUUUAUCUAUAGUGCGUCCAUUUGAGUAUGAAAAUACAUCAUCAGAUCGACGACGUUAUAUAAUGAUAUUCUUUUGUUGGUUUGUAUCAGGUUUACUCUCGUUUAUACCAAUAUUUACUGGUGUAUAUACAACACGUGAACAACGACAUAAAAUUGAUUGUUUAAAUUAUGUUCCUGGUCGUUGUAUAUUUGCUGUUAAUCAAGCAUAUGCUAUUAUAUCAUCAUCAUUUUCAUUUUGGGUUCCAGGUGCUAUUAUGAUUAUAAUGUAUGCUAUGUUAAUACGAAUAGCUGAUAAAAAAGAACGUGAAGCAUAUGAAAUAAUGGAUGCUGUUGCUCAACGUCGACGUGCAUCACAAUUAAAUCAAUAUUCUACUCGUCGACGAUCAAGUGAAGAUCAUAUAAUUACUGAAACAACACCAAUGACACAACAAUUACAACGUAAUAAUCAAUUAUCAAUAACAAAAAUAAGUAAUGGACAUUCACAUAAUCUUCGUCGUGAAGGAAAACAUGAUAGUCUUGAUACAGUAGCAGGUCGACAAUCAUCUGUUGAUUUUCAUGGUAGUAUAAGUGAAACACGCAAUACUCAAAUGAAACAUUUAAGACGUGAACGUCGAGCUGUUAAAACUUUAGGUUCAAUUAUGGUAGCUUUUAUCAUAUGUUGGCUUCCAUUUUUUGUUCGUUAUACAGCAUGUGAACCAAAUCGUUGUAAUUGGAAAAUUGGACCACUUAUUGCAGAUAUUGUUUUUUGGGUUGGUUAUUUUAAUUCAAUGAUUAAUCCAUUUUUAUAUGCUUUUCAUAAUAGAAACUUUCGUGUAGCUUUUAAAAAAACUCUUAGCCGAUAUUUUGUCUGUUGUCGAAAACGUCGUGCAAGUACAGGUAGUUCAGUUGCAUUACCACCAGCAACACCAAGUGGUGAAUCACAAAGAACAAGCUCAAAUAUGAGACGACUUAGAAACCAUAAAGUUAUUCGAUCGAUAUCAAGCAUUAAUGAAAGACAAAUCCUAAAUAAAAAUAAUCGUAGUCCUGGAAAUAUUGUCCUUGAAGCAUCCAAUGGAAACUUAAGUGGUGCAGAAAAUAGUUCAUCAUCAAAACGUAACUCUUGCCUUUAA